UUGGAUUUGGAAUGGCGAGUUCCAAAGAAAUGCUAGUGAGAGUGUAUUUUGUUCUUUGUUUUGGGGUGUUUGUGGGCGGUAGCAAUGUAGGUAAUAUAGAUGGUGUACAAGAAUGGAGAUCAUUAGUAAGAAGAAUGGACGAACUCCAAAACAUCGUUAACAUCCAGAGCAAUCGCAUUUCCCAGCUGGAAAAGAAGAACCGAAAUUUAGAAAAAACCAUCACGGCUCAAGGUGAAGAAAUCGCACUCCUUAAAACCGAUUCUCGUGACAAAAUGUCCAUACGUUUAUGUGAAAAGAAAUAUUCCAGACUAGAAAAGCAACUAAGAAGUAUGAUGAAUCGUUACAAAGAAAACCAAGUAUCCACAGGACCUCCCUAUGAUUCAGCUACUUAUUCCAAACAACAUGACAAAAGCCUUAUUCGAAAAGGUCGACUUCUUGUUCCACAUACUUCCCUAACUACUUCAGACAAUGCUAUUGGAUUCUACGCUUAUUUUUCGCAAAUUGUCCCUACUCCAAGCAGUUUUCAUAUCCUUGUAUUUGAUACAGUUAUCACAAAUGCUGGACAUGGGUACCAUUCCCACACAGGUACAUUUAUUGCCCCGCGGUCUGGGCUAUAUGUCUUUACAUGGACAAUUCGCUUGUAUGGAGCCUCCCGUCAUUCGACAGAAAUUCUAGUAAACAACAGCAUCAAAGGGGCGAUAUAUUUUGAUUCAAAUUCACAAAUAGACGGUAGCGCUUCCAAUACUGUUGUUGUGCAUGUCAAUCAGGGAGAUAAUGCAUUUGUGAGAACAGGCAAGGUCUCCAAUUCUGGAGAUAUUAUAAGUCAGCCAUGGGGGAGAUCGUCCUUCGCUGGCUGGAUGGUAGUUUAA